GUCCAUUACCAGUGACAAACAGUGCUAUUUUCAAAUGUAGCAAUGCAAAUUGCAUGUUUGUGCUUUUUGUCAAAUUUGUAUCAACAAGAGAUCCAGAGAUUAAAAAAUGGGGGACUGGUCAAUAUUGGGCCGCUUUCUAGCAGAGGUGCAGAAUCAUUCGACAGUAAUUGGAAAGAUCUGGCUCACAGUGCUCCUGAUUUUUCGUAUACUGCUGGUGACACUGGUGGGAGAUGCUGUGUACAGCGAUGAGCAAUCCAAGUUCACCUGCAAUACCCUGCAGCCAGGCUGCAACAAUGUCUGCUAUGACACUUUUGCCCCAGUCUCACACCUGCGCUUCUGGGUCUUCCAGAUUGUGCUGGUCUCAACACCAUCCAUCUUCUACAUCAUAUAUGUCCUCCACAAAAUCACCAAAGAUGACACGUUGGAGACAGAGAGGGUUCAGGCAGUAGCCAAGCACCCAGUAGGAAACUAUCCUGGGCAGCUGGAAGGAGAGGGUGCCAAACCAGCAUAUGUGCCCCAGGGUGUGGGGUGCUGUGGCCAGGAUGAGGGGAGUGUGCAGCAAAGCUUACUGCAGGAAGACUUUGGUGAAGUCAGCAAAGACCCAACCACACUCUCAAGUCAGGUUCUGCUGAUCUAUAUUGUUCACGUGCUGAUCCGUUCAGUCUUGGAGAUCACCUUUCUUGUCGGUCAGUACUAUCUGUUUGGAUUUGAGGUGCCUCAUUUGUUCCGCUGUGAAACCUACCCCUGCCCGACACAGACAGAUUGUUUUGUAUCACGAGCCACAGAAAAGACUAUCUUCCUUAAUUUUAUGUUUAGCACCAGCCUGGGCUGUUUUCUAUUGAACAUUGUGGAGCUUCAUUACCUUGGCUGGAUCUAUAUUUUCCGGAUGCUAUGCGCUGCCUGCUUCCUGUGCUGUAGGCCUGAGAGGGAACUGUACCCUAAACAUAAUCUUUUGCUGCAAAGGUUUAGACACUCAAUGCAGGGCAGGCUAGUCCUGCAGUCCCCCACAACAGCACUGUCUCAGGAGAAGACAGAGACAUCUUUGCUUUCAAAUGCCCCAGCCAUCUCCUUUGAGACCGACUCCUCUCUGGAGUGCACUUCAAAGUGGAACCCAGAGGCGAGGGAAUGCAUGAGGAUGAAAUUGGCCAACAUGGCUAGAUUUGGUGGCAAAAAGUCCUGGUUGUAAUGAGUAAUAAUGGUUUUUAAUUUUUGUUUUAACUAAAUUUAGUGGGGUUUAUGCUUAAAACAAGAAAAAACUAUUCACCACAUGGGUAAGAAAAAUAAACUUGUUUUUCCCCUUUGCAUCAACCUUUGUUCUUACUACAUUAGCAAUUAUUUUUUUUUUAUUAGUAUUAAUGAAAAUAAAUUUUGUUAGAUUUAUCUGAAAACAAGAUGAAAUAUCUUGUCAUUUUGCUACGUAAAUGUAUCUUGAGAAUGUUUACAUACAGUAUUUAACUGGAAAACAAGACUUAGUAUGAAAAUGAGCACACUGCAAAAACAACAACAAAAAAUUUUUUUUCUUAAUCAGUAUUUUGGUCUUUUUUAAUUAAUCUAUUAUAUAUAUGUUUUUUUACAAUAAACAUCCUUAAAAAAAGAUACAUUUUCAUGAGAAGCAAAAAUCAUGAAAGGUAUG